CAGUCACUGCAAAGCAGCCCUCUCUCUCCGGCCUCCCUCCGGCAAGCUGAUCUUUGACCGAUUCGAACUUUGCGACUGACGUCGGAAAGUCGGCGUCUGAACCGACUUGAUCUUGUUGCCUGUCGUCUUUGAGAAUUUGUGCGGACUCCUGGCCGAGCGUUGACGUGUAUUCAACAAUCAAUACCGUGUUUUUCGAUUUCUACACGGCUGAUUUGCUCGUCAAAAAUGGCAGGCGUUUUAAGUGUGCAGAAAUUUUCUGCUCGCAUCGGGGCUUCUUUCCUCUCGAAUCUGACGAAUGUGUCCACCCGUUCUGUCGCUGCGCCCACCACUGCGAAGAAUUAUUUCACCUACAGCAAAGAGCCCUCUCAGCCCGUUGACAAUGUACCUAAAUAUGUGUCAGCCGAAGAUGCCGUCAAGUGUAUCAAAUCUGGUGAUACUGUGUUCGUUAGCGGUGCUGCUUCCACCCCCAUUGAUUUGGUAAAUGCCAUGACCGAGCAUGGAAAGGCCAACAAACUCAGCAAGGUCACUGUGUGUCAUAUGCACACAGAGGGCAAGGCUGGGUACACUGACCCAGAAUGUGAGGGUAUUUUCCGAUCCUUGUCAUUUUUUAUGGCUGGAAAUGUCCGUAAAGCAGUUGCUGAGGGGCGCUCUGACACUAUUCCAAUUUUCCUCAAGGAAAUUCCGCUGCUUUUCUUCAAGGGCAUUGUGAAACCGGAUGUUGCUUUGAUUCACGUGUCUCCUCCUGAUCAGCAUGGUUAUUGUUCCCUCGGUACCAGUGUUGACUGUGUUCGUGCUGGACUGUCUUACUCUAAAACAGUUAUUGCUCAAAUUAACCCUCACAUGCCAAGAACAUUUGGAGAUGCUCAGGUCCAUAUCUCUCAUUUUGACUACGCUGUCAAUGUGGAUUCACCAUUGCCAGAACAUGGUGGAAAACCUGCAUCCCCUGAGGAGGUUCAGAUUGGCAAACUCAUUGCAGAGAAUCUAGUUGAAGAUGGUGCCACAUUACAAAUGGGUAUCGGCAACAUUCCUGAUUCAGUUCUUAGUCAACUGGGGAAUCACAAGGAUCUAGGUGUACACUCUGAGAUGUUCAGUGGUGGUCUUGUAGACUUGGUUGCUAAAGGUGCUGUUACAAACAAUAACAAAACUCACAACAAGGGCAAGAUCAUCGGUAGUUUCUUGAUUGGAACAAAGAAACUGUACGAUUUUGUUGACAACAAUCCUUUUAUUGAAAUGAAGGAAGUGCAGUAUGUGAAUGGAUUGCACCAGAUUGCUCGCAAUCCUAAGAUGACAGCAAUUAAUUCUGGUAUUGAAAUUGAUUUAACUGGUCAAGUUGUGUCUGAUUCUAUUGGGACAAGAAUGUACUCAGGAUUUGGAGGUCAAGUUGAUUUCAUUAGAGGUGCUGGUGAGGGCUAUGAUGGGAAAGGAAAACCCAUUAUUGCCAUGGCAUCCAUAAGCCCAAAGGGAAUCUCCAAGAUUGUCCCUUACAUUAAGGAAGGUGCUGGUGUUGUUACAACUCGCGCUCAUGUUCAAUAUGUUGUUACUGAGCAAGGCAUUGCGUCUCUCUUUGGUAAAUCUCUGCGUCAGCGCGCCUACGAACUGAUAAAAAUUGCUCAUCCAUCUGUUAGGGAGAGCCUGGAGAAGGAAGCCUUUAACAGGCUGAAGGUUAUGCCAAGCCCAUAAACAUGCCACCUGGAGCACUGUGUAUUUCAACUCACAGUAAGCAAGUUUCAUAACAAUUUCAAUACAUAAAUAGUUUUAUGUAGAUUAUCGUAUGUUUGUAAUGUUGUUGAUGAAGGCCCUAUUGGGUGAAUUUUUCAGAGUUAUGGCAAUUCAAAUGAUUUAAUGAGCAAUAUCAGUUUUAUUUUUUCUAUUGUGUUGUAUAUGUGUGUAAUGUCAAUGUCUCUUGUUUUACCUUCAUCUAGUGAGCAGAAGUCUUUUCAAACUAUGCAAGGCAUUCUGUCCAUUUCAUUUUAGGCCAGAAUUUUACUAGAUUGUGAUGAAAUGUUAUAUUUGAAUCAAAUCUUAUUGCCACCACCUUAUGAAAUUAUCAUCCUGUUGACAGGCUAUGACUUGCUUCGACAGAACUACAUUGAUGUUGCUGGACACCAUUCUUUUGUUAAUCAUUCUACUACUGUAAUAGGGUACUAUUCUUUAGACAGGCUAUGACUUCUUGAACAAAAGAGUUUGUUCAAGAUGACUUGCUAGAACAGAACUACAUUGAUGUUGCUGGACACCAUUCUUUUGUUAAUCAUUCUACUACUGUAAUAGGGUACUAUUCUUUAGACAGUAUUAAUGUUAUGCCUAACUCUCUUUGUUUUUCUUUUAUUUUUAAUGUGCUAGCUGAACAGUGAAUAUUGCUUAAAAAGUAGCCUAUGAUAAAAAUUCAUUUUUUCAAACACCUACAAAUUGUCCUAUCCAACUGCACAUUGCACACCCUAAAGACUUCUAUGUAAAGUAACCAUCUAGCAUGUUGCAUGAGACAUGCAUUCUUGUUAAUCUCCUUUAGGUCUUUUAGAUAGUAAACAGCUAAGCUGUCUUGUGAUAAACUCCUUUGUGAACUUAGUGACUGUUGCCUCUAUCUCAGAGUGAAUCUUAUUUGUAAUUGCACUCUUUUUUUGUUUUGUUCUUUUGAUUGAGCUUGACGGGUUUCAAAUGUACAAAUUGUCUUACUUCCAAGUACCUUAGCUCAAUGUUAAUUUCAUUGUUGCACACUUUUGGGAAUAAUUUUUUUUGCAGGUUACCAUUAGUCACCCUUCAAGUAUUUUUUUAGGCGCUCUAAGUUACCAAGUGACUAUUCUAUGUUGUGUGAUAUGUUGGAUUGUGUAAGUCAUGUGAAUUAUUCCUCUUGCACAUUCUUUUAUGUUGGUGUUUUGCAAGAAACCUAUUCCACAAUUGUGUUUUGUGUGAAUUACCUACAUGUAUGUUGCCAUUAUCUCUGCAUAUCUUGAAUAUUUUACAACAUAAGUCUGAAGAACUUUAGCAUCUCUAGCUCACAAUCCCCUGCCACAUUAUUGAAUGAAUGAAUUCUUUUUCAAGAUGAAUUAGUUUGAGAUAACAGCUCAGCUUGCCUAUUUUAUAUUCACAUAUAUUUAUAUUCUCAUGUGUUAGUGGUUGUAAGUUCAUGUAUUACUUGUUUCAGAUGCUAGCAAUUUGUCUUAACCUGAUGUUUUAGUAAUAUGCACCCAUUGGGCCAUAUUUUUUUUUUUAACUGUCAGUGACUUGCUUUUAUUGUUGUAUCAAAAUUGUUAUUAAAAUGCGGUGGGUCAAGCUGAA